AUGUGUGAAUUUACCUUUCUUCUAUCUUUAUUUUCUCUUUCUUUUUACUCUCUUUUCUUUCUCUCUUUUUCUCUUUUAUUCUUCUAUCUUUCUCUCUCUUUUUUCCUUCUCUUUUCUCUCUCUCACUCUUUCUCUUUGUUUAUCUCCUUUUCUUCUCUAUUUUUUUUCUCUCUUUUUCUUAUUCUCUUUUUCUUCCUUUCUCUUUUCUUUCUCACUUUUUUUAAAUCUCGCUUUUUGCCUCUCACUCUUGCUUUCACUUCUUUCUUUCUCCUUUCUCUCUCCCUCUUUCUCUCUUUCUAUGUUUCUCUUUUUCUUUCUCUUUCCUUCUUUCUAUUUCUUUUUCUCUUUCUUUGUUUUUCUUGUCUCUCUCACUUUCUCUCUUUUUCUUUCUCUCUCUCUUUUUCUUUCUCUCUCUCUUUUUCCUUAACUCUCUCUUUCUCUCUCUCUCUCUCUUUCAUUCCCGCUCUCUUUCAUUCCCACUCUCUUUCAUUCUCUCUCUCUUUCUUUCUCUAUCAUUCUGCUUGUGUGCGUGUGCUUUUAAAUGCACACACAACACGUCCGAUUUGCACCGAGUACCCCAGCAAAGCGACUGAGAUUCGCCAAUCUUAA